AUGAAACGUUCUAGAAGAUCUUCCCUGGUCAACAGCGACCCAAAUAAUAAUAACAACAACAACAACCUGUCAUCCACUCUUUCGAUGAACCCGUAUCGUUUGAUGAAAACGAUGGCUAAAUCAUUGUUUUCUUGGAACAACAAAAUGCAAGCAGUGGUGGACCAUGCUCUUUCAUCGGAUGAAGUGAUCGAAGGGUUGUUUGGCAGUAUUGAAGAUAGCGAUUUGUACGAUGAUUUCGAUCAACAGUUCCAACAUGACGACAUUGAUAACAACAAUAACAACUCUUCUAGCCUGACAAUCUCAUCAAUAGACAGUGACAACAGUGACGCCGAAAGCAGUUAUGACAAAUCAGCAUGCCAACUUCCUCGACACUCAUCGUUGCAAUUCAAACAGUGGAACGCCACCACCGCGAUGGCCCACGAAAUGGCAAAAAAACCUGACAACAACACCCCGUUUGCCGAUGGCGAGAAGUUAUGGGAACAAAGAAGACGGCUAUGGUUACAAGGAGCCGUUCAUGUUAAUCCUAAAUCUACCCAGAAUCAUCACCGAUCCAUCACCAAUCCAAUCGAUAUCACCAACAAUCCUCCCAAACUUCUGGUCACCGAUUUAUCGAUCUCAUCAUCAAGUAAUAACCUGCUCCCCACCACCCCUGUGAACUCCAGUUUGACUGCCAAAGUGAUCCCUCCAAGUUUUGAAGGGAAAACUAACGGGAGAACAUUAUCGACAGAAACUGCCACCACCACCGUCCCUAAACCAAAAAAAAUCGAGCGACUCCUUUCCAAAAGAGAAAUCAAAAGAAUUAUCAAACAACGGUGUAAACUCACCAGCUUGGCCAACAAUGGGGUGACCAAUGACAAUUAUCCCGUGGUAUAUACAAACUUGGUACUACAAAAGAGAAAGCUCCGAAAAAAUAAGGCCAUGAAUUUGGGAGAUUUAUUGGAGGUGUUAUAUGAUGACUGGCAAGAAACCGAGGCUUCAGGUUAUAGAGCUGAUUAUGGCUCUACUAGGUUUUCCAAAGCAGUUUAUGGGAGAUUUUGA